CCUUGCAGGGUGAAAGCCAUGCUGGUGGUGAAUGUCCUCUCCAUUGCUGGGAACCUCCUCAUGGGGCUGGCGAAAUUUGGGCCAUCCCACAUCCUCAUCAUCUCUGGGAGAGCGGUCACAGGGCUGUACUGUGGGCUCUCCUCUGGACUCGUGCCCAUGUACGUCAGCGAGGUCUCUCCCACGGCCCUCCGAGGAGCGCUGGGGACGCUGCACCAGCUCGCCAUCGUCACUGGCAUCCUCAUCAGCCAGGUCCUUGGACUAGACUUUCUUCUGGGCAAUGACGAGAUGUGGCCCCUGCUCCUUGGUCUGUCUGGUGUGGCUGCCCUGCUGCAGUUCUUCCUGCUCUUACUGUGCCCUGAGAGCCCCCGAUACCUUUACAUCAAACUGGGGAAGGUGCAGGAAGCUAAAAAAAGUUUGAAAAGGCUUAGAGGAAACUGUGAUCCAAUGAAAGAGAUUGAAGAGAUGGAAAAGGAAAAGCAAGAAGCUGCUAGUGAAAAGAAAGUCUCCAUAAGACAGCUUUUCACCUCUUCCAAGUACAGGCAGGCUGUCAUUGUGGCACUGAUGGUGCAAAUAUCCCAGCAGUUCUCGGGAAUCAACGCGAUCUUUUACUACUCCACAAACAUUUUUGAGAGAGCUGGGGUUGACCAACCAGUUUAUGCAACCAUCGGUGUUGGAGUGGUGAACACGGUCUUCACUGUUAUCUCUGUGUUCCUGGUGGAGAAGGCGGGCAGGCGGUCCCUGUUCCUGGCAGGGCUGAUGGGCAUGUUGGUCAGCGCCGUGGCCAUGACAGUUGGGCUUGUGCUCCUGAGCCAGUUUGCCUGGAUGAGCUAUGUCAGCAUGGUCACAAUCUUCCUCUUCGUCAUCUUCUUCGAAGUGGGGCCUGGGCCCAUCCCCUGGUUUAUUGUAGCUGAACUGUUCAGCCAAGGCCCACGCCCUGCUGCCAUCGCUGUCGCUGGCUUCUGCAACUGGGCCUGCAACUUCAUCGUGGGAAUGUGCUUCCAGUACAUAGCGGAUCUGUGUGGACCAUACGUGUUUGCGAUCUUCGCGGGUCUGCUCCUCCUCUUCUUCCUGUUUGCGUACUUCAAAGUACCGGAGACGAAAGGAAAGUCCUUUGAGGAGAUUGCAGCUGUGUUCCGCCGCAAGAAGCUCUCGGCCAAAGCCAUGACGGAGCUGCAAGACCUGCGACGCGGCGAGGAGGCAUAAACAUCCCAUGCACCCAGAAAGGAGGGACUGGGCACACACCUCCUUCAGGCACCAUGGGAAGAAUGUUGGGCAAAAGUCUCACUUCACAAAAACCUUGCAGCUGGCAGACCAGGGGGACUCAUCCAUUGGAUUCCUUCUGGCUGCUGCGGUUCACACCUCCCAGCCACAGGUGCUAACCUGGCAUUUUAGUCUGAGACACCUGGGACAACUGGGCUACAGGAAGAGCCAGGGAAAGGACAGGAGGAGUAUGGUACAUGUCUAUGUCAAUGCUCUGCUGGAAGAGCCCAGUGGGACAGUGUCCUUACCAGAUGGCAUUGAGCAGGGCCGUCUCUUAGCUGAAAUUAAGGAAAAAUGAAGCGUAUUUUGAGAAUCUUGGAAACUCUGGCUGGGCUGAUGGGCAUUUUCCCUACAUUUCAGCCAGACUAUUUAGCUCUCUCUUUCCCUCCAGGAAGCCUCUUCUCUCCCCCUUCUCACUGCUGCAACACAAGGCACAGCAUAACACUGAUCACACAAAAUGCCUGGGCACUCCUGGUCCCCAUGUGAAGAGACUUGAGCCCAUUGCCAAGGCACCUCCUUCCCCAUCUACACCUUCCUUCCCUUCCUUUCAUACAGUGCUCAAGGCUCACAGGCUCCAGAUCCAGCCAAGGGCUCAGGCUGCUCAUAGAGCAACAAUUAAUGAUGACCCAAAGACAAAAUGGGUAUUGGAAGGUUAACUGGAAGGUGCCACUUGCCUAACUCCUAUUUUGUAUCACUUAGUAUUUUGCUGGCUGGGUGUGCUUCAGCCAGGAUAGUAUGCAAGCAGGAGGUCAUGAUGUUUCCAUAGCCUUGUUUUGCUCCUUUUGCUUCUUUAUAAGACAUUUUUAUGUGGCAGAAUCAAACUCCAAGGAUUUUUCUUCCUUUUUUGGGGGCAUAGACUGGAAUCAUUGUAAAAGCCUGCUCUCUGCUUGACUUUUAAGAUUUGCAUGCUCCUUGUUGUGAUACCAGGUUACUUUUUAGCAACUUUCUCAGGGUAGAAACCCAUUAUUUAUUUAGAGAUGAAAUACCAGCAUUGCUUGGUCACUGUGUGCUCACUAUGGCUGCUGGUGAAGCAGUGGCCAAAAUGUAACAGAGGAUUGAAUAUAAUGAAAAACACAAAAUAGAUGGGCUGAGGAGGGUCACACUGCUGCUAUAGGUUUGGUUUUAGGGGAGGUUCAUGCUCCUUUCCAUGUGCCUGAACAUCUUUUCCUUUGUAGACUUUACUCUCUUGGUAUUUAGACCCUACAGCAAAUUCUGGUCAUUUCCAAGUGAUGGGAAGUGCAGCCACAAGGUGCACUGGCAGAAAUGCCUGGCCCUGGUGUGCGCACUGAAGCAGUAAGAUUGCACCAAAGGCUUUGCUGGAGUGACUGCUGGGAUUUAACUAGAGUAGAACUGGGUCAGUGCUGUCAUGUGCUG